UUAUGUCCGUCCUGUAAACUAGUUUAAAUAUUCAAUGUUUUUACUAUCAGACUCAUUCAUUAGUUGUCGCUGAAAACUAAAACGUAAAAUAAAAAUGAAGUUCAAAAUAAUACUGUUUUUUCUAACGGCCAGCACAUUUGGGAAGAUCAUAAGCCCACGGAAAAAUCAUCAUGAUAAUGGCAUUGAAGAUCUUGGGUGGAUUUUUGACAUUGAAGCGCAUGGCGAAGACAGCAAAGAAGCUACGGUUUGUGAUACCGACGACUGCAGAAAUCUCGCUAACGAAUUGAGGAGCGGAAUUAAUAAAUCCGCAGAUCCAUGUGAAAAUUUUUAUGAUUUCGUUUGUGGCUCAUGGAGUUCUAAUAAUCCGCUACCUGGUUAUACUCCAGUUUGGGGCAGACCUUUCCUGUUCCAAGAAUUAGCGUACCGACGUGUGAAAGGAAUUUUGGAGAAAGAACCUGAGCCACACGAUAUUUUGCCAGUGAGACAGGCCAAGAAAUGGUAUCGCUCUUGUAUGGAUACUGAGGCGCUUGAAAGACGGGGGUUAAAACCGAUAGAAUCAAUUUUGAUGCAAGUUGGAGGCUGGCCGAUGACUAUUGACGCCGAGGAAUGGGACGAAAACGAGCUUACGUGGCAGCGAAUCGAACAGCAUUAUUUCCAAAUCACUGGCUCUUAUGUAUUUUACAAAUUUUUUCCUCUUUGGUUCGACAAGUCCAUAAUUACAAUGGAGAAAGGCGACCUUCCACUCCUCGAUAAACUUCCAUUUGAGUUUAAAAAUUAUGAAGGAGAAGAAUAUGAAAAUUACAAGCAUUUCAUUUCGGCCGUAAUUCAAAUGUUUGUUGAACACAACAGAGCAAACAUUUCCCACAAUAUGAUUGAGCAAGAUGUCCGCGAUUUGAUUGAGUUCGAAAAACAAUUAUCUAUGAUUGCAGAAUAUGACGACGAGGAUCCCAAGACUUUUGAUGAGUUCCAAAAGUGGUACGACGAAAAAACAGUCGAUAAAAGCAACAAAGUUGAUGUGAAAAAAUUAAUAAGUCGAUUAUUGGAAAUGGUAAAUCAUGACGUAGAAAAGUUCACGUAUUUGACGGCAGAUAGUAUGAAUUAUUUUGUUAAAUUGAAUGAAUUAAUGAACGAAACUCCUAAGCGCACUAUAGUCAAUUAUAUUCACUGGCAUUUUGUAAGUGAAAUGCUCACGGCAACGACGGAAAAAAUGCGUGAUAUAUUUUUUACAUUAAUGGAAAACGAGUUUGGAAUAAAGGAACGGGAGCCACGGUGGCUCGAGUGUACCAAGGAGAUGAAAAUGACUCAAGCAGCUGCAUACGCAUUCCUAUCAAAAUAUUAUUCUGAGAAAAUAGAGGAAAAUGUUAUAAAAAUGAUUGAAACUAUACGCGAGGAAAUAAAGUUGCAGAUUGAAAAAUCAAGUUGGCUAGAUGGAGACACUAAAAAAAUAAUCAUAGACAAGUUACAGAGGAUUGAAUUGCUUAUAGGGACGCCUGAUUGGUUCAAAAAUACAACUCUAGUUCUCAAUUUAUACAAAGGGUUGAUAAUUGGUUUUGAUCAUUUCGAUAACGUACUAAGUUACAAAAAGUUUGAAACUAAAGAAAAGUUACGCAGGUCAUUGAGUAGAGGAACGCGUCAGAAAGAUAAGAAUGUGUUGGCAAUUCUCGCAGGGUAUGAUCCCGACGCUAAUAAUUUGCGUCUAUCAGCCGCUAAUUUCCAGCCUCCAUUCUUCACUAAAAAACUUCCUCAUAAUGUCAACUACGGAAUGAUGGGCACAAUUAUUGGGCAUGAGUUAGGCCACUCGUACGACAUUUUUGGAAUUCAAAUUGGACCAGAUGGAAAUGAGACAGAAAUAUCAAAACAGAUAAUGGACAUAUAUUACAAGCGAGCAGAUUGUUUUCUUGAUCAAUUCAAUAGAUAUUUCGGAGUCACGGAACCUGAAUACGAUGGAACCACCCCCGCAUACGGUGAAGGAGGCCCAGCUCGUAAAACCCGAGGAGAAAAUAUGGCCGACUCGACGGGACUCGAUGUAGUUUAUGACGCAUACAGAAAAAUGAUUACAGCUGCUGGUGGAGACAAUAAAUUACCGGGUUUCGAAGAGUAUUCUGACGACCAAAUGUUUUUCAUUGGAUUUGGAUCCUUGUGGUGCACGAAAUCUACGGAGGAAUACGCAGAAGCACUAAAAGAUCGAGACGUCCAUAGCCCGAUGGAUAUGAGAUUGAUUGGCGCGGUUUCAAAUACCAAUGACUUUGCUCGCGCUUUCAAUUGCCCGAGAGGCAGCCCCAUGAACCCCGAAAAUAAAUGCAAUAUUUGGAAAUCCGAUGACACUAAAAAAGAAUCAAAAAUCUCUCGCAGAUACAAAAAACAUCAUCCUUGGGUUCUUAAUUGGUGAAAAUAAUUAAAUAUUUUAAUGACAAAUGAAAAUUGAUCUACAAUUGUAUUGAAUUAUGAUUAUUAAAUGUAUCUAAAUAAAGGCAAUUUAUUG